GAGGCCCGCGUGACGGCGCGUGCGUGCGCGGGCUGCGGCGGCUGGAAGUCGGGAGCCGGCUGCGCUGUGCAGCCGCUGCGGGGCCAUGAUCCGGAACGGACACGGGGAGGCGGGCGGCGCCGAGCGGCCGGGCCCGGAGGGCAGGCGCGCCGUGCGGGUGUGGUGCGACGGCUGCUACGACAUGGUACAUUAUGGCCACUCCAACCAGCUGCGCCAGGCACGGGCCAUGGGUGACCACCUCAUCGUGGGUGUGCACACGGAUGAGGAGAUUGCCAAGCACAAGGGGCCCCCCGUAUUCACUCAGGAGGAAAGGUACAAGAUGGUGCAGGCCAUCAAAUGGGUGGACGAGGUGGUGCCGGCAGCCCCCUAUGUCACCACGCUGGAGACGCUGGACAAGUACAGCUGCGACUUCUGCGUCCACGGCAAUGACAUCACGCUGACUGUAGACGGCCGGGACACCUAUGAGGAAGUGAAGCAGGCUGGGAGGUACAGAGAAUGCAAGCGCACCCAGGGGGUGUCCACCACAGACCUCGUUGGCCGCAUGCUGUUGGUGACCAAGGCCCAUCACAGCAGCCAGGAGAUGUCCUCCGAGUACCGGGAGUAUGCAGACAGCUUUGGCAAGUGCGCUGGGGGGCGGAAGCCCUGGACAGGGCUGUGCCAGUUUCUGCAGACUUCCCGGAAGAUCAUCCAGUUUGCUUCGGGGAAGGAGCCGCGGCCAGGGCAGACAGUCAUCUAUGUGGCUGGUGCCUUUGACCUGUUCCACAUCGGGCACGUGGACUUUCUGGAGAAGGUGUAUGGCCUGGCGGAGAGGCCAUAUGUCAUCGCUGGCUUGCACUUUGACCAGGAAGUCAACCACUACAAGGGGAAGAACUACCCCAUCAUGAACCUGCACGAGCGGACCCUGAGCGUGCUGGCUUGCCGGUACGUAUCUGAAGUGGUGAUUGGGGCUCCAUACUCGGUCACAGCAGAGCUCCUGGACCACUUCAAGGUGGACCUGGUGUGUCACGGGAAGACGGAAAUCGUGCCUGACAAGGAUGGCUCCGACCCAUACGAGGAGCCCAAAAGAAGGGGCAUUUUUUGUCAGAUCGACAGUGGGAACGACCUCACCACGGAUCUCAUCGUCCAGCGCAUCAUCAAGAACAGGCUGGAGUACGAGGCCCGGAACCAGAAGAAAGAGGCCAAGGAGCUAGCCUUCCUGGAGGCCAUGAGGCAGCAAGAGGCACGGCCCGAGAGGGAGAGCAACUGUGACUUCUGACCAGAGGAGGGAGGUCGCCAAGGGCCUUCCGCGCGCCGGGCCUCUCCCAGCCCUGCCUCAAGAGCUUGACUCGGUUUUUAACAAAGCUGCGGUGCCCUCUUUUCCAACCAUCCAGCCACGGGAGGGCCGGUGUGGAGGACACUGCCUUUCACCCUGCCCAUGAGUUGCCUGUCUUGCAGCAGGCCCUCCUGCCCUUCCUGCUGACCUUCACAGACAGGGCAUCCAGCCCGGUGGAGCGGCCCAACAGGCAGGAUGAGCAGGGGGCACCUUCGACCAGAGAGGGUCUGGUCCACCCUGUGGGCCAGGAAAGGCCCAGCUUCCAUCCUCCCGGCUCUGCUGCUGCUCCCCAUCCUGCCCCCAGGAAGCUCCUGAGGACCCUGGACACCCGCUACUGCCCAGCUCAAGGCGGCCUUCCUGCUUGCCCGGCCUCAGUGGAAGCCAGCUUCAGGGAGCAGCGACCCAGGGGGCCGCCCCCUUUCCUCCUCAGGGUGCAGAGCAUGCUGCCUCCCACGUAGGCGGCCUCUGCCCCGCGGUGUGUCCCUGGUGCCCCGGGGCCUGGUGUCCAGAGGCUGCAACCCCCGCUUCCCGGGCCAGCCUCCCCGCAGACUGUUUUUGGUUUUGUACCUGACUGGCUGGUAUGCAACCAAAUAAACCUGCUGGGAGGUGCUCUG